AUGGCUGCCUCCGUCUCGUCGCCCCCCUCGAGGCGGCGCCUCCCUUUCCGAAAACCGCCGCUCCCGGCGCUCCUGGCGCUCAUGCUCCUCCUCGCGAGCCUCUUCGCGGCGCAUCUCGCGCCUCUCGCAGCAGCUGAACGGCCGUUUCCCGAACCUUCUGCUGUAGUCACAUCUGCCGACUCGCUAAGCUCUUCCUCCGCAGUCCCCGUUACAAGCACGUCGUCGUUUGUCACGCACGUGCGGCGGCAGCUGCUGUUCGAACGGUACAGCUGCGGCCGCUCGCCGCUCAAGGGAUACACGUCAUCCAAGCGCCUCGCCUCUGGCCUCGUUCUCCACUGGAAGGCCACGAGCGGGCGCAAGAUCAAAGCCGCUGUGGUGGCUUCAGGAGCGGCUGCAGGGGGGUGGUUCGCCAUGGGGUGGUCUCCCAAGGGGAAGAUGGGCGGCAGCAACGCGGUGGCCAUGGAGGAUAGCAAUAACCCUCCUGGCACGUACGACCUCCAAGGGACGUCUGCCGCGAACGCUGCGUCGUGGACCGUCGGAUCGCCGUCGAUCUCGAGUGCUGGCGGCAAGGUCACGAUGAAGUGA